AUGUCCGUUUUUAAACUUGAUGAAGAGCUCAGCAGGUUAACGGUUAAUGGCAGUUGUGCCAUUGUUGAUGAUGAAGAUUUCGAAGAGGACCCUACAUGUGGAGAAUGGCAUAAAAACCUUUUAUCCGCACAUCCGCAAGCUAUCUCGCCAACUGUUUAUUUGUCUACAUCUACUAAUGGGACGGCAGCACCCUCCAAGCCUAGGAGAAGGUCAUCUUUGUAUGAUAAAAUGGCAGUCAGCACACCACCAAAUAUCAAAAGGCUAGAAUUGGCGCCUGAGGAGGAUUUCCAAAAGGCUAAUCAAUACGAACGCCGCAGGCGAAGUUUUUCAAAAAACCAUGAGCCCCGAUCACUCGAGGACUUCGAGCCGAUCAGGGUUCUAGGACAAGGAGCGUACGGAAAAGUCAUACUAGUUAAAGAUCAAUACACUAGCAAAUUAUAUGCUAUGAAACAGCUUAAAAAGGCAGAAAUUCUAAUAUCCGAAGAAGAGACCAAGGAAAAAGAACCAGCCUCAGUAAAUUUGGAGAAAAGACUUGAAAGGACUUUCGCAGAACGCAAAAUACUCUCGCAGUUGGAGCAUCCUAACAUUGUCAAACUUUUCUACUCUUUUCAUGAUCACAUGAAGCUGUAUCUAGUCUUGCAGUUUAUUCCAGGCGGUGAGCUUUUUUACCAUCUCAAGGAGCAAGGUACUCUCGCAGAGGAUGUGGUAGCAUUUUAUGCGGCGGAAAUAAGCUGCGCUCUGAGGUUCUUGCAUGGAAAAGGAAUUGUGUACCGAGAUUUGAAACCUGAGAACUGUUUAUUGAACGAAAAGGGGCAUUUGGUCCUGACAGACUUCGGUCUCAGUAAAAAAAGUGUCGAGGAUACUACAGAGUCGUCUCACGAUGGAGAACCCAUCACGACUCUGCACUCUAUUAUAGGAACUCCUGAGUAUUGCGCUCCAGAAAUAUUGGCCGGCAAAUCAUAUAACCAAAACUGUGAUUGGUACUCACUAGGUUGCUUGGUCUAUGACAUGCUCAUUGGUAAGCCACCCUAUACAGGCGUUAAUCAUAAGGUUAUUCUGGGAAAAAUACUAAAAGAUAAGACGCCCAAGAUACCAAUGUAUCUCAGUGAUGGAAUGAAGGACUUCUUAGGGGCUUUAUUAAGGAAAGAAGUUUUGAAAAGGUGGGAUGUUGAUAAGUUCUGGAACGUCGAGGGUCCGAAAAAUAAGAAAAAGAAGGCUGGCCAAGCCAAGACUUCUUGUUUCCAGUCUCAUUUUGUUUUCCGGAAAGUUGACUGGAAUAAAAUGGAGAGCGGUGAACUACAAAAAACCACUAAUGGGCCAAUUUUACCCAUUAUUACAGACUGGGAGCUCGCGGAAAAUUUCGACACGGAAUUCACUGAGAUGCGGCUGGACAGUGGAGCUUGCCAAGAUCAAAUAAAUAUUCAACAAAACAUUAAUCCAAUACUACACAGGGAUGUUUUUAAAGGAUUCAGCUACGUUGCCAGUUCAAGUUAUUUGGAAAGAUAUUUCUAG